AUGUGGAGCAGAAGCAAAGCUGCAAAUGUUAGCAGGCAUGAUGGAAAACAAAGGCAAGAGGAUAACAAAGAAACUUUAACUAGAUACACCUAUAAUGCCUCCUUCGUCGCUCCGCUCAUUGUCGGAGUUGUUCGAGUUGGAGUUGUUGGACUCACUUAUCCGAGUUACAGCUUAUUCAGCCGAUGGAGGACUCUAGUCUCGGCAUCUUCAGGCGUGAUUUUAGCACAAGUUUCCUUGUUGGGCUGCUAUUCAAUGUUCUCGGGGCCUUCUAAGUGGACUGAAGAAUCGUGCGCCGAAGAGAUUAGAGCGUUAGGCGCAUGCUGGGAGACGAGCAUAUCUUUGCUCAUGUCCCUAAUCAUGAAUCUAUCCGUUUCGAUGCUCCUUUGUGCUCUUAAGGCUUGGCUAUACGUGCUAUUUGCUGCUCUAACAUUGGGAAUGCGCUUCUCAAUUUAUAAAUUUUUGCCCGAGAGAAAAAAGAAGGAUGGCGAAGGAGAUCUCCUCAAACCACAUUGGUUUUGGAAGAGGUUUCUUCAAAAAGAUGGCAAUGUUGAUGCCGUGUAG